CAACCUUAAAAAUGUCGGAAAUGUCAGCUAUGAACAGAAAGUUGAUAAAAACCCUCGCUGAAAACAUCUCAAAACAGGUGCAGCACUUCAAUAAAACAGAGGUGGAGUGUCUUAUCCGGGAGUUUAACGUGUUUCUGGGGGAGCCGACUGUCCCCGGAAGAGCAGCUGCCGGCCUGGACAGAGGGAAGUUCAGGAGCAUACUGCACAACAUCUUUGGGAUGACCGACGACAUGAUCAUGGAUGGAAUCUUCAGGACAUUUGACAAAGACAACGACGGCUUCGUCAAUAUGAAGGAAUGGGUUGAGGGACUGUCUGUUUUCCUUCGAGGGAACUUGGAUGAAAAAAUAAAAUACUGCUUUCAUGUGUAUGACUUGAAUGGCGAUAACUACGUCUCCAGAGAGGAGAUGUUUCACAUGCUGAAGAACAGCCUCAUCAGACAGCCCACAGAGGAGGACCCUGACGAAGGAAUCAAGGACCUGGUGGAGAUCACACUCAAGAAGAUGGACCAUGACCACGAUGGCAGGCUGUCUUUCACUGACUUUGAACAGGCAGUAAGAGAGGAGAAUCUAUUACUUGAGGCCUUUGGAACCUGCCUCCCUGACACCACGAGUAUUGAGACAUUUGAGCAGCAUGUUUUUCAAGAACAACUGGAACAAUGAAGAAAUCACAUUUGUGUGC